UCCACAGUUUAAAUCCACAGCAGAGGACGGUUUUCCAUUCAAGCGCAUUUUCCGUCUUCAAAAAUUUUCCCUCACUUUCUCGAGAACAAGAGAAGAUGUCGGGCCGCGGGAAGGGUGGCAAGGGGCUGGGCAAGGGCGGGGCGAAGCGCCACCGCAAGGUCCUCCGGGACAACAUCCAGGGCAUCACCAAGCCGGCCAUCCGCCGCCUGGCCCGCCGCGGCGGCGUGAAGCGCAUCAGCGGCCUGAUCUACGAGGAGACCCGCGGGGUCCUCAAGAUCUUCCUCGAGAACGUCAUCCGCGACGCCGUCACCUACACCGAGCACGCCCGCCGCAAGACCGUCACCGCCAUGGACGUCGUCUACGCCCUCAAGAGGCAGGGCAGGACCCUGUACGGCUUCGGCGGCUGAUCCCCCCCGUCAGCUAGGUUUUCGCUUAGACAGGUGCUGGGGAAUUUGGGGCUGUAUAUGGAAGUCUAGGGUUUCUUCUGCCUUGUUGUCUUUAAGGUAAUUUUUAGCUUGGAUUGGGCGAGUCGAAGUGGAUUUUGAUGGUCCUUCUCUCGUGUAGAUCGUGUUUCUUUCGAUUUCCAGUCGAAUUAAUGAAGAUUAGUUUCCCAA